AUGUGUUGUCACUGGCAGGGCUGUGUUGGAGUCAGGGAGGAGGAUGUGGAGUUUGAAGAGGAGCUCUAUACAGCAGGAAAUGUUGUCGUCUGGAGCCAGGGCAGUCAAACCUCAACCUCCAGUGUAUACAAGGCCUUCACUGUUGACAGCCCAGUGCAGCAGGCUUUAUGGUGCAACUUUGCUGUUCCUCAGAACAAGAAAGAGGAGGAAGAAGUAGAGAAGACAGUAUGUAUCAUCCAGAGUAGCUGUGUCAAUGUUCACACUGUGACUGGGAAGGAUUUCAUCUCACCGCUGCCCUUCCAGGUGUCCAAAGUCUGGGCUACCAAGUUUGGACUGUUGUUGGAACGAAAAAAUGCAGCAACUGACGCACAGCUCAGCUCCCCCGGGGAACCUUUGCCCACAGUAUUCAGCAUGCUGCAUCCACUAGAUGAGAUUGCACCAGUAGUGUGUAAACCUGCAGGCCUGUUUGAAGGCUCUCGUGUACAGUAUGUGUCCGACUCCACCAUGAAGAUAGUGUUCAGCUGCUGCCAGCCCUCUAUAGUUGUCUCCUAUGACACUGUACAGGGAAUACAUUCUGUUUGGGCCCUGCGCAAAGUCACACAUAAGGAGUGUUCUACAGUCCUGCGGUGUCCAGCAGAGCCGGUUAGUACCCCGUUGGGUUUGAUGACUCAACUCCGUAAUGCCUCCCGCCUGGACUCCCCCAGUGGUAGUGGGGCAGCUGGACUCUAUCCUGGAACUGGAACAGGUUUUCCUGUUGGUACUUGCUCUCCUCUCCACUACAGCGCUCUGCACAGCCACCAGAGCAGGAUCAUGACAUCUUCACCAGGAUUACACUCCCGUGCGCACUCUCCAAGUAUAUCCAAUAUGGCUGCCCUCAGUCGCGCCCAUUCUCCAGGUAUGGCGGCACCGUCCUUUACAGGCAUGGCUCGUUUCAACACGUCUUUGCAUAGCCCAUCCCCCAAGGGGCACCAUGGCUUGUUACACUCUCCAAACAGCACGGUCAAUGAGACGAUGCUGAUGCCAGAGAUGGAGCCCAUCAUACCCGACCUCUGCAUGGAGCAGUUGUGGAGUGAGACGACUGCUGCUGGGUGUCACAGAGAGAUGAACAGCCAAGCAUCUAAAGUAUUCCUCACAUCUGACUUUUGUGAGAACCACUACCUGUGUUUCCUGGUGGAGUCUCAUCAGCAGCUCAGAUGUGUGAAGUUUAUUGUGAGCAAUGAUUCCUCUCAGCUCAUCUUUGCCUCUGUCACAGCCAUCCCUGCCAAAGAUGCAGAACCUCUGCAGAAUAUAGAUGCCAUGCUGGUUCUGGAGGCCUGUGGCAGUCUGGUUCUCUAUACAGGAAUCAUGAGGGUCAGUAAAGUGUUUGUCCCCGGCCUCCUGUUGUCCACCCUCAGCCUAACCAACCACAUCCCUCACUUCGGCGCACCAGUGGAGACUGUUAGCACACCAGCUAAAGCUGGCAGUAGGCAUAUCCAAAGACUGGAAGAGGCUGUGAUGCCUUCACCUGUUUUAGAGCAGAUGGGUCCAAACAUUAAACACCAUGAAGCUUCAUUCUUGGAGGAUUACACCUUCCAUCAAGCCACGCCCUACACCUGUGCCAUGCGGGACCCUGUCUGCAACCGGGUCACUCUGGAGCUUAGCAAUGGCACAAUGCUGCGGAUAUCUGUCCCAGAGAUUGCUACCUCUGAGCUGGUAAGGCGAUGCCUUCAGGCGAUUUGUUUCAUUCUACCCAAGGAAGCUGCCAUGAAGGUUUUGGUGAAGUGGUAUAACAUGUACAAUGCCCCUGGUGGCCCCAGUGCCCAUGCAGAAUGGAACCUGUUUGUCAUCUGCUUCAUGACACUAAUGGGUUACAACACUGAGCGCCUGAACUGGACAAAAAAUCUGCAUUUUGAACUGCCUCUUUCUCCAGUGAUUGCAGCCAAAAAGGCUCGUCCCUCUGAUGGAGGCUCUGAUGAGGACUGGGACUACUUGCUGGGGUCUCUUUACCAGCAUCAGAUGAAUUUCCAGCCUGUCUGCGGUCCUGUGAACUCCAGUGGCUAUAACAACACUCUCACCACAGAGACUGAGGGCCUGUCCUCUACGUCUCCCUCCAGCCCAUCGCUAAAGUUGGACAGUUCAGCUCCUCUCUUCCCCCACAUUCCUGCCCUUUUCUACGUUCUCCAUCUGCUCUAUCAGGAGCUACUCCUGGAUGAGCUGCAGAGAGCAAGAGCCUCAUUACUGGUCUGUCUGCUUCAGCAGCUGGCCAGGGACCUCCAGUUGGAUGAAUAUGUGGAUCUGUACUGGAGAGACUACCCUUCAUUAAUUAGUAGCUUCGCUGAGAGCUGCCUCAUAGACCAGGCUCUGAUUGGUCAGUUGCAGUGUCCCUCCUUCCUGAAGGCGGAACCUCCCUGUGUUUUCAGCUGGCUCAGUAGCUGUCUGAGAGGGGAGGAGAUCCCACCUUUCCCUUACCUGCUCGGCAUCUGUCAGAGGACCAGGCUGCUGGUUCUGAGUUAUGCUCUCUACAUCAUUGGAGAUGAAAAUGCUACUUCAACAGAUGGCUCAAAGUAUCUGGUCAAGUUCUCUGCAGGCCACAAGUCCUGUGCCAGUGAAGUACAGUACAGAAGACAAAGCAGUGUGAAGGUCAUGGUUUCCCGUGAGAGUCUGGCUGAGCAGCUGGUGGUCUGGCUCACCUCAGAAGGUUUCACCCUGAAGGACUUGGAGUCAGUCCCCUUCGGUGUAGCUCUGCCCAUCAGAGAGGCAAUCCACCGCUGCCGGGAGCAGCCGUGUUCAGAUUGGUCAGAGGAGGUCUGUCUGCUGAUUGGGCGACAGGAUCUGACCAGACAAGCCCACAAGAUGACCCUGGCCAAGAACACAGCUUCUGUAGGUUCAGGUCUGUCCUUGGAACCUCCUGCAACCACAGAAGCAGAUGAGGAGGAAGAUGGGAUGUCGGACAUAAUUCAAGAGGUGACAGGACUGAUAUGGAAUCAGGAUCUGAGGGUGCAGGAGGUCAGGAGGCUCCUCCAGAGUUCCAGGCCGGUCCGAGUCAGUGUUAUCCAGCUACCGGAGGUUUCUGACCAUGAGUACAUUGAAGAGAAAGAGAACAAACUCCUGCAGUUGUGUCAGAGAACCAUGGCUCUCCCUGUUGGCCGAGGCCUCUUUACUCUCUUCUCUUACCACCCUGUACCGACUGAACCUUUACAUGUGCCCAAACUGAACCUGACAGGCCGUGCACCGCCUAGGAAUGCUAUGGUGGAUCUGAACAGUGGGAACAUUGAUGUUCCUCCCAACAUGACCAGCUGGCCCAGCUUCCACAACGGAGUAGCUGCUGGACUUAAAAUAGCUCCUGCUUCACAGGUGGACUCAGCCUGGAUUGCCUACAACAAACCAAAGAGCCCUGAGCUGGCCAAUGAGUAUGCAGGCUUCCUUAUGGCCCUGGGCCUCAACGGACACCUCACCAAACUGGCCACGCUCAACAUACAUGACUACCUCACCAAGGGCCAUGAGAUGACCAGUAUUGGGCUCCUGCUGGGUGUGUCUUCAGCCAAACUGGGCACCAUGGACAUGUCAAUAACCCGUCUCCUCAGUAUACACAUCCCUGCCCUGCUUCCACCCACUUCUACUGAGCUGGAUGUACCACACAAUGUUCAGGUUGCUGCUGUGAUUGGCAUUGGGCUGGUGUACCAGGGAACAGGACACAGACACAAUGCUGAAGUCUUGCUCUCUGAGAUAGGUCGACCCCCUGGUCCGGAGAUGGAGUACUGUACAGACAGAGAGUCCUAUUCACUCGCUGCUGGACUAGCCCUGGGUAUGGUCUGUCUGGGGCAUGGCAGUAACCUGAUUGGAAUGACAGACCUGAAUGUCCCUGAGCAGUUGUAUCAGUACAUGGUGGGGGGUCAUCGCAGAGCUCAGGCCGGGGCCAACCGGGAGAGACACAAGUCCCCCAGCUACCAAAUCAAGGAAGGUGACACAAUCAAUGUGGAUGUGACAUGUCCAGGGGCCACCCUGGCCCUCGCCAUGAUCUACCUCAAGACUAACAACAGGUCGAUUGCUGAUUGGCUGAAGCCUCCAGACACUUGGUUCCUGCUGGAUUUCAUCAAGCCAGAGUUUCUGCUGUUAAGGACACUUGCUCGGUGUAUUAUCAUGUGGGAUGAAAUCCUCCCUAAUACUGAGUGGGUGAGGAGUAACAUACCCCAGAUUAUGAGAGGAACUUUUGACCCCUCAGAAGACAUUAACAUGGAGACAAUGGCCCAAGCCCAAGACUACAUUACAGCUGGGGCCUGCAUGGCACUGGGCUUACGCUUUGCUGGCUCUGCCAACUCCGAUGCCUUUGACUGCCUCUAUGAAUUUGCCAGAACCUUCAUGAAGAUUAUGUCCUUCGCUGGUACAGCUGCGGUGCAGACGGGUUUUUACAACCUGCAGACUGGUCUGUCAAUGAUUCUGCUAGCUAUGUCCAUGGUGAUGUCCGGCACCGGGAACCUGAAGGUCUUGCAGCUCUGUCGCUUCUUCCACAAGCGAACUGGCGGCGAGAUGAACUAUGGUUUUCACAUGGCUCAUCACAUGGCGCUGGGCCUGCUGUUCCUGGGAGGGGGCAGAUACACCCUGAGCACCUCCAACUCAGCCAUCGCUGCCCUGCUGUGUGCCUUGUACCCACACUUCCCUGCUCACAGUACUGACAACCGCUACCACCUGCAGGCCCUGCGGCACCUGGUUGUGCUAGCUGCAGAGCCACGCCUGCUGGUCCCUGUGGAUGUGGACUCGCUGAAGCCCUGCUACGCCCUCUUAGAGGUUACCUACAAGGAGACCAAGUGGUACGAGGAGACGACCGUAGAGCUGAUGGCUCCUACCAUGCUUCCUGAGCUGCACCUUCUCAAACGGGUGAAGGUGAAGGGGCCACGUUAUUGGGAACUGUCCAUAGACCUCAGCAAAGAAACACAACAUCUGAAGUCCAUCCUGUCCAGAGAUGGGGUAUUGUAUGUGAAACUACGGGCCGGCCAGCUGCCCUACAAAGAUGACCCUCAGGGCUGGAAGAGCCUGCUGGCCUCCACCAUCAACCACCACAACUCUGGAGUACGAGCCUUCAAGCCUGAAACCAUCUCUGCUUUCACCUCUGAUCCCGCCUUGGUCUCCUUUGCCGAGUUCUUCUGUAAAGCAUCUGAAGGAAUGAGACAUAGAGAGGAUACUUUGGCAUUAUUCUCAGCCAUGUUGUAUGAAUGUGUGACGCAGGAGUGUCCAGAGAUGCUGCCCACGUAUAUUGCUAUCGAGCAGACAGUAGCUGCUUUGCGCCGGGGUGACCUGCUGCAGACCUUUAACCUGUGGCAGCUGCGUCUGGUGGUGGAGUUGUGGGACAGCAGGGUGCUGCAGGGUCCCACUAGCCGCAAUGAUACACUGCUCACCUCUGAGUUUCUGCCCGUCAUGAAGAACAUGGUGGAUGUUGCACUGGAUGGCUGGCUCAGAGCCAACAGCUCAGUGUUGCGGUCCUACAUGAGGGGCGAGGCCCUUCCUAAGGACGCCCAGUCCAUCAUGCUGGCCUGCAUCCUGGUGUACCGCUCCAUCCCCUGCCUCAGGAACACACAAACACAGCUCGAAGGCUGCAGCUCACUCGGGGAUUUCCUGUCACGUAGCAGCCAGUUGGGCAUCCCUCUCAAAGACCUGCUGAGGCUGGUACCCAUCUUGCUGGGCUCUUCGUCCGGACCACAGCCACUGCCGGGCUUCCCUUUGCAAGCAUUUUGAUCCUAGUGCUCUGCACUAGUCAGAUGACUAGGAGCCCAUCAGAGCUGCAGUUCAUAGCCCUCUGCGAGCAUCGGUAGGACAGAUAGCCGAGUUCUGCCUAUGGCGCCUGUUGGAGUGUACAGCAAGUGGGACCAAAUGCAACAAAAUGUCUGUCUGUGUCACUGCAGUGUGCCUGAGCUGCAAAUGAGAAGAACUGUUGUGAAAAUAGACUUUCCUUCUCAAUCAAUAGAAAAAGGAAUAACUAAUAUUAGUGUUUUGUAAUAUAAUAUUUCUGUUUGGUUUUUUUGUUUGCUUUUUACAACACAAAGAAUGUAGACAUUUUUGUGAUACACUAAAUCCAGAGUGGGGACUGUCUUCAGCAGACGACCUUUCUUCAUCGCCAAACAAAGACAGAAACAAGUGGUCAGAGAUGGUCAAUCACCCCAGUGUCCGUGCUGCCUGUCAGACCUCUCCUGUGAGCAGGCGAAGACCUAAGCAAGACAAUAAAAUAGUCCCUGCACACUCUAUGAAUACUGUGGUUUAUGUGGUGUCUUAAUGUUUUUGAAGACGAUCAUUUCCAGGGUGUUGUUUCAUUUUUCUGAUGAAGGUCUUGCUGCUCAUUCAGCCACUGUGUUCUGUCAUUGGCUAAAACAACACAGCCUCCAUACAGCAUUGUCAUGUGUUUGUUUAACACAGACUUCAUUGUUGUAGUGCCAGCAUUGGUUCUCUGUGAUCAAGAUGAAGUUCUUUUGAAGUAAGGUGGGGAUUAAAGCAGGUUGUUGGUUCGUUUUGGGUGGUUCCUCACAUGAAAGGAAUCCCUGAAUCCUCCAGUGGUUUGAUAGUAAAAAUCAAAUGCCCUCCCCCCGACAAAUUACACGGGGGUUUAAUCAACUUUUGCACUUAGUUGGG